AUGUUUAGCUCAGAAUUUCCAUCCGAUCCUUCACAGUUCAUUGAUUUCGCUCAGUUUAGUGAAACUGAGGAUGUAGGAAGUGAAGAAUCGAAAUCUGAAACUAAUCAGAUCACAAAUUCUCCUCAUCCUGGUUUCUCCGAUAUCUAUGAUCCCUUCGGCCACACUAAUUUUGAGUUAUCACUUAGCUCAGAUAUGGACUCAUACAGGAAUCUGUGGAGAGAUGCUAACGAAGAAUUAAAAACGAGUGAUGAUAACGUGCGAUAUCCUUCCAUUAGAGAUGCUCAGAAUGAAACUUCUUCCUCACUUAAUCUCAACAGCGAUGAUAUUAUCACAUAUAUGCACUUAGUCCAUGGUCCACAACAAAGUGCCGUUCCAACCCAUUUUCAUCAACUUACUCUUCCCUCAGGCGACACAUCUGGUCAACAUGGAAAUGCUGAACAGUGUAACAUCAACAAUAAGCACUUCUCGGAUAACUUGAAUAUCCUCAAUUAUAGGAAAAAUGCCUAUAAAGGAUUGGAAACAGAUAAGAAAAAUUAUACUUGUUAUUACCCGGGAUGUACUAUGAUCACGAAAAAUCACAAAGAAUAUCUAACACAUAGGAAAACACACAGUCAGCCCUUCAUCUAUGAAUGCAAAGUGCCCGAUUGUGGGCGAAUAUUUGACCAUGAAUCAUCAUUUUACAAUCACAUACAGAAGCAUGAACCUCGUCUUCAGUGCAAAGAUUGUGGUAAAUUCCUCGCCAACAGGAAUGCACUGCGAAAACACAAAUGGCUCUGCGGAACAAAAUCUUUCAGAAAAAGCUAUGAAUGUCUGUAUCCCGGGUGUGCUGUAAUCGCGACAAGUUGCAAUGAAUAUGUGACGCAUAUGAAAACACAUGGUCAACCUUUCAUCUAUGAAUGUAGAGCACCCGGUUGUGGGCGAUUAUUCGGCCAUAAAUCAACACUUCGCGCUGGAAAAAGCUACGAAUGUCUUUAUCCCGGGUGUGCUGUGAUCCCGAAAAGUCGCAAAGAAUAUCUAACACAUAGGAAAGCACACGGUCAACCCUUCAUCUUUCAAUGCAAAGUGACUGGUUGUGAGCGAAUAUUCAACAGUGAAUCGUCAUUUCAGAAACACAAGCAAACGCAUGAACCUCAUCCCCAGUGCGAGGAUUGUGGCAAAUUCUUCACCACCAGGAGUGGACUGCAAAAACAUAAAAAGAUCUGCCAAACAAAAUCUCGUUAG